AUGGCUAGAUUUCAAAUCGGUUGGUAUCGGUUUAUACCGUUCCUCGGGUACCACCAUGUUUUGAUGAUACUAAUAGCAGUUUCGAUAAUAUUACUGUGUUGUUCAUCAUCCUCACCACUCAUACCCGACAUCUUCCUACUUUCCCUCUACUACGAGAAGUACACGGCCGUGCCGGACACAGCACAGGUCGACUACAAUGUCAACCAAGCCAUCAGCAACAUCGUCGGGACUGCGCAUCUGCAGGCCCGCGUCGGCUACUUUGGUAUUUGCAUCAACCCGGACGGAGGCUCCUGGCUAUGCAGCAACAACGCAACGGCGCUGGCCAACGAGGUUUCAGUCGACCAGGACCCGCUGAACCUCAUUUGGUUGGCUAGCCAGUUCAAGGACAUGAUCGUGUUCCCUUACUUGAUCAUCAUCGCCAUUAUCUUCGCUUUUGUCUGUUUCUUGCUGCUGGCUACCUUCCCCGGCUGGCACGAGGAAGAAGACGAGGACGGUUCGGACCGCGAGAUCAAGCCGUUCCCUAGCCGACCCGUCUCCCAGGUCGCAUUGGCCAUCAUCUUCAUUGCGUCUAUUUUUGUCCUCGUGUCCGUGCUAUGGCAACAUACGGCAUCGGUAGCCGCGUCUGUCAUAGCCCAAGAUUUUGGCAACGGCAGCGUCUUAUCCGGAAUCGGCAGCAGCGCUAUGGUUAUGGGUUGGUUUAGUUUCACGCUGCUCAUCAUCGUCACGAUCGGUCUGCUGGUGAUGAUUCUAAGUAUCAGGGUGCUGUCAGCAUUAGCCGACUAA